AUGGCCAAGAGGACGGCUCCUACCACCAACACCACCGGUCCGGCGUUUCCACCGCUUGGACUGGUGGUCGGUCCAGGUGCACCAGCUGCCGACUCUCUCAACCAUGGCUCGCAUUCGUAUUCACAUAGCGCCAACCAUGCGCCCAGCCCACCACCACCACCAGAGACGCAUAAUGCCGCCAACGGUCUACCACCAGCGCCGAACAAAUUUGACGUCAGCCAAGCUCAGCAGUGCCGAUUACAGGAUGCGUAUUGGUCAGAUGAAGAGGAGGACAUGGACUGCCCAUUGUGCUUGGAAGAGAUCGAUCUCUCGGACGCCAACUUCAAGCCAUGCCCAUGUGGAUACCAGAUCUGCCGAUUCUGCUGGCAUCACAUCAAGCAGAACUUGAACGGAAGAUGUCCAGCAUGUCGUCGCAAGUAUUCGGAUCAGACGGUAGAGUUCAAGCCCAUGACUGCUGAAGAGAUCAAGAGGCUUACACAGGCAAAGAAGCAGAAGGAGAGGGAAAAGAAGGAACUCGAGUCCAUGAACCGCAAGCAUCUGGCCAACAUGCGUGUAGUUCAGAAGAAUCUCGUCUACGUCGUCGGUCUCAGCUCUAAACUCGCCAAGGAGGAGCUUAUCCCUACCCUGCGCAGCAACGAGUACUUCGGACAGUAUGGACGCAUCUCCAAGAUCUUGAUCAGCAAACGGAAUACCGCAUCCAAGCUUAUCAUGGGAACUUCCGAGACAGCGCUUGGCGUCUAUGUCACAUAUCAUCGCAAGGAGGAUGCCGCAAAGGCAAUCGUUGCUAUCGACGGCAGCAAGGGAAGCGACGGCAGGAUCAUUCGAGCGAGUUACGGCACCACCAAAUACUGCACCACCUAUUUACGCAACUUGCCAUGCACCAAUCCAGGAUGCACCUACCUGCAUGAGCCUGGAGAGGAGGCCGACAGCUUUACGAAAGAGGAUCUCUCCACACUGCGUCACGCCGCCAAAGACACCGAAAACAAGGUCAAACCAGCUUCCUUGGGCAUUACACAACCGCCAAAGCGAUCCGACUUCUUCAGCAGCGCAGAUGCCGAGUCAUCGGCUCUACCAAAGACAGCUUCCUGGGCGUCUGGAAAGCCCAUGUCGGCUGCACCUUCGCCUGCGUUGGUCAUUGUCGGUAGUCCCUUCCGCGAUUCCGACAUGCCACCGUUGUCCGCAAGCUCAGCAUCUGCCCUGGCAAGGAAAGCAAGUUCGCAGAAGCCAUCUACCCCGAAAGCCCAGAAGCAAUCUUCGACCUCAAAGAACAAGCUUGCUCUCGCCAGUGGUCGACCCGAAUCUCCAACUGUACUUGGCACCGAUUCGCCCAUCACAUCUCGGCCGUCUUCUCCUCUGCCUGGCAAAGCACAGCCCACAUCGACGGCAGAGGCUAAUUCGACAACAUCCACAGCGACAUCACGAAAAGAGCAGAGCGCUUCGGCAACUCCGAAAGCGGCAGGGACCGAUUCACCACUACCUCCACCUCCCGGAUUUGCCAAGGCUUCGCCACCUCCAGGUUUGGCACGGUCCGCAUCGACGACAGAUUCUCGACCGACGACACCACAGACCGAGAGCGAUCAUCCCAAUUCCAACUACCAGCCUUCCUCGAGCGCUCAAGCGUUGCUCGACGACAUGCUGCAGAGACGAGAAGCAGAGCCAGAGAUCGUCAAGCCCAGUCCAUUCCCCGACUUCGACGAUGCUCUCUCGAGCUUCAAAGAUGGCGACUUUUCGUUCAACUUGCCCGCUAACCAGCAGCUUGCCAACAACGACGGACCCUCCGAGCUCACCAGUGCUUUCACAACCUUCAGUCCGUUUGGUGCGCCGCCCGGUGUUUUGGCUGUUCAUUCCAGCCUCGUGACCGCUGGAACGCCCCCUCCUGGUAUCGUGAGAGCACCCAACCGCAGCUCGACUGCUUCUCCGGCUCCUCUCAGCUACUCAGGCUCGUUUGAUCCUUUUGCGCCUGGCGCUGGAGAGACGAUCAAGGAGGAUGGCAGCUCGUUCGGUGACAGCCCUUACCCGAGCUCGUUCAACAUCACCGAUCAGACGAGGAGGAUGCUGGGACAGGACAGCCAUGUCGGUGCAGGUUUCGGCGGCGGCAGCAUCGGUGUUGGUGGUAUCGGCCAGGAGGACUCGCUCGAGACAGGACAGGAUGCAUCCAAGCGUGCCUCGCGCUUCGACUUUGCCAAGCGAAAGGAGUCUGACUCCUUCAUGGGUGCUUCGCCUUUGCGUACAGAGCUGAUGCAGCAGGGCUUCCGCGAUGGGGACAGCUGCGGAGUUGGAAAGGAUGCCACCAGCCUGUUGGGCAGUGUCUUUGAUCAGGACAACACAGCUGAUCGCUUGAACGGACUUGGAGAUGGUGGAGCUUCUGCCGCAGCAGUAUUCGGCUUGAACGGCGGACGCGAGUCUGGUGGAUUCCCGGGUAUGGGUCUCUCGAGGCCACCCCCCGGCAUUGGUGGUCCUGGUGGCUUUGGCAGUCGCUUCGGUACCAACACGCCUCCUCCCGGCAUCUCUGCUCCUGCCAGCCGCCAGCAGCAGGCUUUGCUUGCAUCGUUGCACCAGCUCGGAGGUAGCAGCCUUGGUGGCAAUGCAUCCGAUUCGCUCCAGCAACAACAACAACAACAACAACAACAACAACAGCAGCAGCAGCAGCAGCAGCAGCCCCAGCUCACCAACGGUAGCGGUGUCAGUUUCCUCGCUGAACUUCAGCAGCAGGCAGCCCAACGAGCUCAGCAGCAAGCGCAAUUUGCAUCGGGUGGCAGGGAUCACUCUGAGCAGAACCGACUCAAUGGUAGUGGCAACGGCAAUCCCUCGGACCCCUUGUUGGCUCAGCUGCUUGCAGGACGUCGCACAGGCUACGGUGGUCAACAAGGCUCUGGAUCCGACCUGCCUUUCAAUGACCCAGCCAUCAUGUCGAUGACCCGUGCACAGGUUCAGGUCGCCCAGCAACAACAGCAGCAGCAGCAGUUCGGCGGCAACCGCUAUGGAGGUGGAAUGGGAGGCUUCGGUGGCUCUUUUUCGCCUUAUGACCAGCUGAACAGCGGCAAUGCUGGAUUUGGUGGCUCUGCUCCUCAAUACGGCGACCACCAGCGGUUUAUGCAGCAGCAGCAACAGCAGCAAGGUCAGGGUCAAGGUCAAGGUCAAGCCUCGCCGUAUCCGAACAUGUCCUAA